GAGCCACCGCAGCGGAACUGUUGAAACAUCUUUUUGUUGCACCGCACAGAGUCGUGAGGAGUGUGAUUCCACUAUGUCCAGAUCAGAUGUACUGUCCUCUUGCGGUCAUAAGGUAUGUUAGACGACAAGGAGGACAGAUGAUGAUGAUGAUGACUAUGGCUCCACCAAGACCUGGAGAUUUGAUCUGCUGAGAUCAAUCAAGCACUAAAAAAAGAGAGGAGCUAGGGUUUCGGUUGUUAAAGAGUCGUGUAUAGGUUUCAGAACACGUACGACUCAGCGUUCUACUGUACCAGAAGCAGAAACUGUAACCAAUGUGACAGAAGACAAUGCAUCUGAUCAGCCAAGACCAAGACCUUUGUCACCUUACACAAUAUGAGAUUAAGAGAGAUGAGGUGAAGCAUUCUACGUUAAGUGUGAUCAAUUGUUAUUACUUCUUAUGUGAGCUGAGUGACUCAAAUGCUUGGACAUGAAGCCUCCAACAUCACCGCUUCCAUCUCCGGUCAUCAGUCAUUAGUUAUUUGUGAACGAGUUGGGCUUAAACCCUGGUGCUUCUUCCUAACUUCAGAUUCUUACAAAAUGAGCUAGAGAGAAAGGGGGCAAUUCAGUUUUUGCUGGUGUGAAUCAGGGAGCUUAUUUGUAUAGUAAUACAACAUAUUCAAUUUGAUAAACCAUUUGUGUUCCUCUCACAUAAUAUAUAAUCCAGAUUUAUUAUCAUUAAAGGAUUUCAUAAACUUUGGAUCUAUCUUAUAUACUCAACUUUACAUAUAUAACGUUAAAUGUUUUAAUAAAACUGUAUAUAUUACACAGUUUUUUUUUUGGUAAAAGAAAAUAGACAGCAUAUUUAUAUUACACAAAAAUUUAAAAAGAUAUGAAAAAAUUGAAGUUUUUUACUUUUUAGUGUUGUAUACUCCAUAAGAGAAAUAUUUUUUACUGAUUAUAACGAUGCAUAGAAGUACAAGUUACUGUGUGCAUGGCCAAGGGCUAACACCCAUGAAGCAUCAGUGUUAUCUGCUAAAGUUUACAUAAAAGUGUAAGGCAUAUCACACUCUUGUAUGGACAAUUUUGUGCAUACUUUACACGACCAAGUAUAAAACACUGGCCAGAAAAUAGUAAUUCUAGAUUACUGGGUGCAUGGUAAGAAGAGUCGACAUACUUGGGAGUUAGUUUGUGUUGAAAAUGUGGCAAUCGAGACAAGAACUUAGAAGACAAGAAAGAGUUGUCGCCUUACGUCUCGGAGAGAAAACUACGGAACAUAAACAUGGGAAACCACAAAACGAAGAACACAAUCCCAAACUAUGAAUCUUCUAUAACCUCUCUCUUGGAUUCUCUUUAUCUCUUUUUAUAUAUUCACAAAAGUUUUGUUUUGUCAUAUAGUCUGAUCAUGAAUAUACUUGAAUUUACGUUUAGCCACAUGGAAUAAUUCCAAACAAAACCAACUCUAGCAAUAUUUUGCAAAUAUGUAAUUUUUUAUAAUAAUGUUAUCGAUGAUAUCGCGCCAAAAAGUACUACUCUGUUACAACUUACAACAUUAAAUAGCACAUUUAUUUUAGAAAAUAUGUAUCUCUAAUAGUACGUUGCCUAUAGUAGAUUUGUUACAGCAAGAGGUUUUGACAGCUUUCUCACCUUUCAUCGCUUUUAAGGCUUUCCUUUACCAUUUCAAUCAAGUGCUUGCCACUCCAUGCACAAUCUCUUUAAUCAAAAGGCACCCACCAAAGUAACCUUUUUGUCAUUUACCAUUAGUAAUUCUUGCGGAUAAUGCUUUGUCAAAAGAAGUUUUCUUUUAUAUUCGUGGAAUGCUUUUACAAAAUUUUGAAUCUUUAGUGGAGCUUAGAAAGGUUCCACUUGACUAGAAUAUAUGGCCAAACCAUAUACACGACGUGGAACCAAAAUUUCAAGAGAAUCUCAUGUUUUUCAAUAAAUUGUUGCAAAUGCUAAAUAGCUCUCCCACGAAAAAAUACUACGAGUAUAUCUAAAUUUAUUGUUAUGUCCAUAUAAAAUAAAUUAACGUAUAAAUAAGGUAAUGUAUCAUGGAAAUAAAACUAGCACAAGCAUACAAUCAUGCACCAAGUAAUUUAGAAUCUUGUGUAAUAAAAUCUGAUGAUCAUGUUCAGGUCAGGUCCUAUAUAUAACCGAUUAAAUCAUAACGGAAUAUUUGACCCCAAAAAAAUCAUAAAGGAAAUUAGGAUAUGUUGCUCAAAAAAAAAAAGGAAAUUAGGAUAUAAAUUACUAUACUAACUUUUUGAUAUCAUUUAGUUUUUUUUACAAUAUUUAGUUCUUAUAUAAAACUUGAUGUAUAAAGUUAGCCCACAACCCGUCUUGAUUAUCAUCUGAGAACCACAAUAUGAUGAUAAAGAUGAGUUAACAUUACAAGUUCACACACAUACACAAGCCCUUAAUUUCUCAAAAAAAAAAAAAAGUUCACACAAACACAGGAAAUCUCCAAUUUGUAAGUGGUCCUUGGUGAUUUUUGUUUGCAUGAAAAAGGUUACUUUUUACAAAACAUCAGACCCGAUGUCAAACCAAUAAUUACAUAAUAUUUGUUUCUUUUGAUGCAAUUACCCAAAAAGAGAGACAGUUUGUUUUAUUUUAAGAAACUUUAUUUAAAUAAUAAUAGUGUUUCAAUCAAAGGCAUGUUUCUUUCUAAGAUCGGACUGGUCAAAUAUGAAAUUAUGAAUCAUGAAAUAGAUAGAUAGCCAAAUUAUUUCUACAAUGAUUAUGUAAAUGGUCAUAUCCGACAACGAGUUAUGUUCAGAUGAAACUUUGACCACGCGUAGAUAUUAAAACAGUUGUGUUUAUCAUUCACAAAAUACUCGAAUUUAACAUUAAUAUGUGAAUGAUAAGAGGAUAAAAUGUAAUUUUAUCCAAGGUAAACCAUAUUGUGGAAAAAAACUAAUAAACCCCAAAAAAAUUUUACGCCAAUUAUAACUAAAAAUAAAAUUUGAAAAUUAAAACUAGAAGAAGAUAAAUUAAGACUAAUCAAUAUGUCCUUAUUGUGUUCUUGUUUUUGUGAUAUUCAUUUUGUGCCCAGUCCUAAAUUAAAACAAUGCGCAUGAUUAUGUGUAUAUGCAUUUACUCUAACCUAAAGAAGUUAGGUGAAAGAAGAGAUGAAAAAAAAGAAUACUAGUAUCAAACAGUUUAGUACUUUUACUUUUUCUAUGACAAAUAUUUUCUAUAAAAAAUACAUUUUAUACUAAGAUAAUUUUUCUUUAUUUUAGUGAGUAGUCUCAUUCAAUUUGUGGUAUAAUGUUUGUUCGUUGUUUCAUCUGUUUUUGACCUUUCCUUUAUUCUUCUGUAACUUUUUUGUCACUAUCUAAUUAUUUUAUAUGUCUCAUUAAUGCUUUGUUUCAGUGAAUAUCAGCUGCUUAGUCGUUUUUACUUCUGAUUUUUAAUAUAACAAGUUGUUCACCGAAGCAAACCCUUCAGAGUUCAGAUCAUUCAUGACAACAACAAAUUCGAUUCACAACCGUUCAAGAAGUGAUCCAGUCCUCAAAAAAUCUCUCAAAACCAACAAAUCAAGUGAAGCCACUCACAACAUCGAUAGAUUUCACAUGGAUCAAACGUUGCAGAGAGAGAUAGAACAGCUCAAAUCUCUUGUAAAAUGCAGAAAACUACAGCCCCAGGGAGUGUCAUGUGAUGAGAUUGAUUUGCUGCUUCAAGAAGAUGAACUUUUAGUACGGGCUGAAUUGGAGACAGUUCUCAGACGCAAACUGUUCUUGGAAGAUUGUAGAAACGAAGAUCCUUCUAUCCCCAAGGAAGCAAAGAAACUGGUGAGCGAAAUCGCAGGCUUGGAGCUGCAAGUGAUGUACUUAGAAAGAUAUCUUCUUUUGUUAUACCGAAGGUUCUUCAACAACAGAGUUUCAAGUAACUUAGAACCAGAGGAGAAAGAGAUAUCAGAGGAUCUUCUUGUGUCUACUAAUCUCAUUGAGUCCCCAAAAACUGCGGUCUGCAGCCCGCAGAAAGUUCUAGAGGACUCUGGAAUAUUCCGCAGCCAUUCAUCGUUGUCUCAUUGUUCAGGCUAUUCCUUUAGAAUGUCUCCCCAAGCAAUGGACUCAUCAUACCAUCACUCUCUUCCUUUCUCAAUGCUUGAGCAAGCUGAUAUCGAUGUGAUGGUUGGGACAUAUGUUUCUGAAAAUGUUACCAAAUCACCAAACAGUUUGUCUGAAGAGAUGAUCAAGUGUAUCUCAGAAGUAUUUCGUAAACUUGGGAAUCAAGAAUCAUUGGAUGAUGAUCAAGAAUCCAGUAGUCCAUUUCGCAGAAAGGGGAAGCUGAAGGUUACUAGCCGGCCUUACGAUAAGUUACUAAUGGUGAAAUCUCUAUGUAGAGACUCUGAGAAGUUAAAUGAAGUUGAACCUGCUUUAAAGCAUUUCAGGUCGCUUGUUAAUAAGUUAGAAGGAGUUAAUCCAAGGAAGUUGAAUCAUGAAGAGAAGCUAGCUUUCUGGAUCAACAUACACAACUCUUUGGUUAUGCAUUCGAUUCUUGUCUAUGGGAACCCUAAAAACAGUAUGAAAAGAGUAUCUGGAUUGUUGAAGGCAGCGUAUAACGUUGGAGGACGAAGCUUGAACUUAGAUACAAUUCAGACUUCGAUUCUUCGUUGCCGUGUCUCUCGUCCAGGACAGGUAUUUAGGUUCUUGUUUGCUUCUAAACCAAAGGGUAAAGCUGGAGACUUGGGUAAAGAUUAUGCUAUAACUCACCCUGAGCCUCUUCUUCAUUUCGCGCUAUGCUCUGGGAACUUCUCAGAUCCAUCAGUCCGUACUUAUACGCCAAAAAACGUGAUGAUGGAGCUAGAAUGUGGCAAAGAAGAGUAUGUAAGAUCAAACGUAGGAAUCUCCAAAGACAACAAGAUUCUUUUGCCGAAGCUGGUUGAGUUAUAUGCUAAGGACACUGAACUUUGCCAUGUCGGCAUUCACGACAUGAUCGUGAACCAUCUGCCUAGUGAUGCAAGAAAUAAUAUCCACCAGUGUGUGAACAAGAAGCAUGGAAGAUUCACCAUCGAUUGGGUCGCACAUGAUUUCAGAUUCAGGUUGCUUCUUUGAGAAGAAAACAUCAGAUGGUGAACUGAGAGUUUUAUUUAUUUAUUUGAGAGUUGAAUUGAAAAACUUGUACUAUGCCAAUUUUUCCAGUUAUGGUUAUUCAUGAAGAUUGUUGAAUUAAAAAAAAAAGAACUUGUAUUGUGGCAAUCUUUCCAGUUAUGGUUUCCCAUGAAGAUUGUGUUAUGGUUA